UCCCUCCCUCCCUCUUCUGGUGCUUGCCUGGAUCCUCCCUCAAUCCGCUGCCGCCGCCACAGAGCGCCGCUCGUCUCUCGUCCGGUGGAGGUGGAGCACAGAUCCGUCCAUCUGGACGUGGAUUGGUUUCUUCUUUCGCUGGAAACUUGUUGUGGAUUUGUGUGCUGCGUGCAUCCCUGGUUUGACGAGGUUCUUGUUCUCCAACGCUCAAGAUUGACACUAGUUGACAUCGAGUUGCUAACUGAACCCACAUGCCCCGCGCAAGCCUGCCACUGGGCCGCGCAGAUUUAGGAUGGGUGCAGCAGUCGCCAUUGCUGAGCUGCUCCUAUAAAGAUUGCAUUUUUCUCGCCCCAGCCUGUACUUGAUGAUCAGAAGAUGUCAUCAAACUCCAGUCUAACAGAAUCUCUACAUGAGAAAACUAUUGUCUUUGGCCUUAAACUUUGGGUUGUGAUUGGGGUAGCUGUUGGAGCGUCCCUCUUGGGUAUUCUUCUCAUACUUGUCAUAUGCCUCACCAUCCAGAGUUGUAUCAAGAGGUCACGUAGGGAAGUCAAUGACCUUCCGAUGACCCAAAUACCUUCUGCGUUCAAAGAUAUCAAGGAAGUGAGGGCGGUGGACCAAUUUUCAGCCAAUGAUUUUGUUGUACAUGAUGGUCUACUUGCCAUCGAGAAUGAGCCUGAGCCUGUUGAGUCAGUCGAUAGAGAAGCAAUUCAGUUGGCUCAGGAGGACAAGUCGAGCCAAAACAAUCUUACAGAUGGCUGUGACGGAAUUCAGACUGUUUCCAUCAAUGAACAGUCUUCAACGCAUGCUACUGUGGACUCUGCGCCAUUGCCAGGUUUACCUGAGUUUUCUUAUCUUGGUUGGGGCCAUUGGUUCACCCUCAGAGAUCUAGAGCUUGCAACCAACCGUUUUUCAAAGGAUAAUGUAAUUGGUGAGGGUGGAUAUGGUGUUGUGUAUCGUGGAAGAUUAUCAAAUGGCACCCCAGUUGCUGUCAAGAAAAUCCUUAACAAUUUAGGGCAGGCUGAGAGAGAAUUCAGAGUGGAAGUUGAGGCAAUCGGCCAUGUCCGUCACAAGAAUUUGGUCCGCCUUUUGGGUUACUGUGUUGAGGGUAUUCAAAGGAUGCUUGUGUAUGAGUAUGUUAACAAUGGGAAUCUCGAAAGUUGGCUCCAUGGAGAAUUGUCCCAGUACAGCUCUCUCACUUGGUUAGCUCGCAUGAAAAUUCUUUUGGGCACUGCAAAAGCCCUUGCUUACUUACAUGAGGCAAUCGAACCUAAAGUUGUGCACCGUGACAUCAAGGCAAGCAAUAUCUUGAUUGACGAUGAGUUUAAUGCCAAAAUAUCGGAUUUUGGUUUGGCCAAGAUGCUUGGUGCUGGUAAAAGUCAUAUUGCUACUCGAGUUAUGGGUACCUUUGGAUAUGUUGCGCCUGAGUAUGCUAACAGUGGGCUUUUGAAUGAAAAGAGUGAUGUUUAUAGCUUUGGGGUUGUUUUGUUGGAAGCUAUUACUGGUAGAGAUCCAAUUGAUUAUGAUCGCCCCCCAAAUGAGGUAAACCUAGUUGACUGGCUUAAAAUGAUGGUUGCCAACAGACGGUCUGAAGAAGUGGUUGAUCCAAACCUGGAGAGAAGACCUUCGACAAAGGAGCUGAAACGUGCCCUUUUGACAGCUCUGAGGUGUAUUGAUUUGAAUGCUGAGAAGAGACCAAGGAUGGACCAAGUGGUCCAGAUGUUGGAUUCUAACGAACCCAUACCUCAAGAGGAAAGGAGACACCGACAGAACCGGACCCCUGAGAAUUCAGAAACCGAGCCAUUGAGGGGCAAGAAUAGCAGUGGCAGGAGUGACAUCCCUGAGCGUGAGGUGAGGCCACCUCGACCGAAGAGUCGGACAUUUUCAUCCAAAUGAGGUAAACAAAAAGAAAAGCAUACUAGGAGAUAAGAUAUAGAUACCUGGAUUGCUACGUGCGAGACACAUUGUGGGAAACAGGAGAUUUCGAUUUGGAUACAUAUAACCAAUCGAUGAAUUUUUCAUUCAUUCCCUGGGAACGGUGGUUAAUAAUACAUUUUUAAAUUCUUUGACACAUGUACAGUGGUGUGAUAGUUGAAGGAUGUAUAGUACUAGUUUGUAAAAUCUUGAAAAAGAUAACGUUCCUUAAAAAAAGGGAAAAAAAAGAAAAGAUAGUCUGGUGUGGCCGGUGACAAAUUGUUGUGUGGUUACUGGUAUGAACUACGACAGUCCGAGAGGGGAUCAAUGUAACUUUAGAUAUUGUCUGUAUUGUAUUUACUCGAAGAGUAUAAAGAGAAAGAAAGAAGAUCUGGCUUCA